GUAGAAAAUGACAAGGAAAAGAAAGAGUGGAGAGAAAAGAAAGCCAGGUGCUCAGAAGAAGGGGGCCCAAAAAAGAGAUGGUAGCACACCUUCAUCCAGAACACGUUCACAGAGCCAAACAAAAGGCAAGCAAACUAGUCACCCAAGCCCGGCCAGAUCCAGAUCCAGAUCCAGAUCCAGAGGCCAUGGACGGCACAGCACGGGUGCAGCAGAGCCUGAACCACUGAGUAAAGAUGUUCAGACUCAAACAAGCUCAAGUAGGCUUGAAAACAAGGAGACUCAGACGGAGACUGUCAGUCAAGCAACACAGCAGACACAAACAGAGCUCAAUGGCAACACAGAGACCACAGAAGUGUCACAGCCAACAGAACGCAAUCCUGAAGAUGUUAAGAUGGAGGUAGAAACUGGCCUGCCAAAGAACAAAGGAAAUGAAAGCGAUGGAGAAAAGAAUGAAAGUGCUGAGAGGAAGAAAAGAAAAGUGAGUGAAACAAAGGAACCUACAGAGGAGACAAAAGAAAGGACCAAACUAUCAGAUGGCUGCAGAGAACAAGAUGAAGAUAAGCAGAAAGAUGCAGACACAAAGGAAAAACAUUCAGGAGGAGAUUCACAGAAAGACCCAGUCAAGUCAGGAACAGAAGAACCAAAAUCGUACGCAGCAGCCGCUACAGCAGGAAAUACUAAAGAAUCUAAGGAGAAGAGAAAUCAAACAGCAGAGAAUCAGGCCAGCUCAAUGGAAAGCAAAAGAGCUCAGAGAAAACCUUCCCCAGUGAGGCAUCCAGCUGAAGCACCAAUGUUCACCUUUUACAUUUAUGCUGUUCUGGACAAAAGAUUCCGAUUUAACAAAUUGUAUGAUUCCCUGGUGCUCGUUCCCCUUCAAGGGAAUGGAACUAUUAAACUAGAGAUUAAAAACUUUAGGUAA